GCUCUGCCGCGGCGGGGCAGCGGCGACGCGCGAGACGCGGCCACCGCCGUCGCUAUUUUGCUCGAUGCGCUGAUCGUCGCCGACGAGCCACGGCGCGCCAUCGAGCUCUUCUCGCUGCUCGCCGCGGAGGGCGACGGCGCCAUGAGACACGCCGAGACGCGAUGAGACACGAUGAGACACGCCUCCGCCUCCGCUCGCUGCCACCGACCCGAGAGUGGGCCUGUCGACACGUCUCUUCCACACACCUCUCCUCAGGAGGCAUGCCCUUGCUACUUGGUUGGACGGGCCGUCCUCGAGGCUCUUCUAGGAACCUUCUAGGGGCCUUCUAGGAGCCUUCUAGGAGCCUUCUAGGCGUCCCCGCGAGGCCAGAACCGUACCUCGCCCUUCUCCGCGCCCACGCGGCGGCGGUGCGCUCCUGCGGCGCCGGGCCGCGCCGGCGGGCCGUGCAGGCGGCGCGCGCCGCCGAGGCACACGAGGUGCUCCAGCUCGCCGCGCGCGCCGGUGUGUGUCCGACCAUCGGCGCCGUCAACGGUCUGAUUGCCGUGCACGCCGAGGCGGCGGAUGCCGCCGGCGCGCUCGCGGCAUAUGAGCGUUGGUGCUGCGCGCCGAUGCGACCGAACCGCGGCACACUCGACGCGCUGCUUCGCGCGUGCGUGCGAGGCCGCGCUGCCGAGCUGAGCGGGAGGGUCUGCCGACUCGCCGCCGAGCACGACCUCCCGUUUGGAGACCGGCUGCACGCGCAGCUCGUUCUCGCGCACACGGCCACGGUCGACGUGACGCGGCUGUUUGAGCGGAUGCAGGCGGGCGGCGGCGACGCGGGGCUGGCGGCGGUGACUGCGCUGAUGGAGGAGUACCACCGCGACGGCAAGGACGGGGGCCAAAUGACGACGGUCGGCUUUUCAGUGACGACGGUCGGCAUCGAUCGGCCUCGGUAG